AUGCAGCAUCUAGACCGUAUUGGCUGGCUCGAGAUAUGUCUCGGCAGAGACUCUAGGCUUGCUAUCCAUGACAAAGACCGUCUGCAAGUCGUAAUUGACGAGCUGGCGCAGCCAGACUGUCAAUAUCCAAGCUUGUGCACUUUCCUUGGAAAUAAGGAGAAAGAUUUGGCCCUCCAAUAUCUCUACCCCCAGAAUAACAUCAAAAGAUACAGCUCGUGUUCAAAUAUUCGGCUAAGGCCUGAUACUAUGUCGCUGAACUCAACUCGUCCUGUACUGUUUGCUGAUGGGGACGUGCAGCAGCUUCGACCUCUCCCAGAUACUAGCCCUGAAGCAACUCUUGGAAAUCCUGUGCUGUGGGAGUGCUGCUCUAUGCAAGCAAUUUUAAUUAUUGUAUGGGCGCGUCUGGUUUUCCUUUUUACUGACGUGAUCUGUAUUUUCGGUGACGACCUCGAUGGUCUGAAGGGCGUUGCAGAGUUUCUCGCUGCUUGUAUUAGAAUACAAUCAGCAUCAUCCUUCCCUAGUGCUCUUCGCCCACGAGUAAUCGUCGCACUAAGAGCAAGGACGGAAGACUUGGACGAAUAUCUCCUACAGACAGAGUUAUUCUACCACCAGCUGUAUAGCUCGGGAGACAAGUCUUUAAACGAUUCAUUUUCAGCUAUCAACUUCGUCUAUUUAGAUGAAAGUCUAUCUCCGACUGCUCGGUAUGAAAGACUACGGGCUCUUAUAAAGGGCCAAAUACAGGACAUGACUAUGUUAUACCGUGACAAUGGUGCCCUUCCUUCAGCUACUCAGCUUGUCGCGCUUUUCGGCUCAGCUUUGCAGCAUUUGACGACUACUAUUGAUCGCCCUUUCAACUUUGUUGAGUCAACCAGAGUCAACAACAAGGUCUCUCAGGCAGUUGGUACGAAUAUAGCACAUUACCACCGGGCUGGGAAAACUGCCGGCUUUCAGGGAGGGGAUAUCGCGCCUGUGGUUGCGGCAGCCCUGUUAAUGGACCACUACUUCCCGGAGAUGCUAGGUAUCGAGUCCGCGCUCUUAUUCCUUACAGCCCUGCCGCCUAGAAUGGUUUUCCACACUUUAUAUAAAGAAAAGAUCCUCGAAGCCCUUCAAAAGGAGGUUGACUGGCCUCAGAGCUCUCCCGAGGAGCUCACCAACCAAAUUGAAUGUCAGUUUAUCACCGUAUUUGACGAAAUGGUAUAUAACAACAGAUCGUCUGCGGAACUACGAAAGCGGCAGCUUGUUUCCCAAUAUGGCCGGCUUUGUCGCAUAAGAUCAAACAGGAUCUGCCUCUACUGCAUCUUACGCGUUGCCCAACAUACUCUAGGUUGUGGCCAUACGAUGUGCGACACGUGUGCUCAGAUAUUUGGAGUGCCAGUACCUUCCUACGAGUACCGUUUUCAGAUCGCCUUUUGCCUUCAUUGUCUUUAUCGCAGGCCUCUGAUAAUUGAUGUUCUCCCGCCCACAAUGUCUCCUUCUGUUCUAGCUAUUGAUGGAGGCGGAGUGCGAGGAGUCAUCCCUCUGGAAUUCUUGCUUCUGCUCCAGGAACAUUUGAGGCCAUGUCAAAUCCCUGAUAUUUUUGAUUUGGGAGUUGGAACAAGCUCCGGUACGCCCCGUCUAUAUAAUUUGGAACCCUCUAACAUCGGCAAGGUGCUAGCCAAGCACAUUUUCCGCGAGAGGCGUCGAGCAGCUCUUCCUUGGCUUAUGCGCAUCCUCCUCAGCCGCCUACCCGUCCUAGGGAGUCUUUCAAAAUGGAUUAUAUGGCUCCUUUACGACAGUUGCUAUGACUCCAGGGUAUUUGAGUCGACCUUGAAAGUGGCUUUUCAUAGGAAAGAGAACCUAUUUGGCCCGUUUGCAAUUCCAUCUGGACCGCUAUUCUCCGGUGCUAAAUUUGGCGUCACAGCAACGAGUAUAUCUAGGAACACAAACUCUUUCAUCAUGGGUAAUUUCAAUGCUGUUCAGGAUCCAGGGGAAGAAGAUCACGGCUACGAAAUUCUGCGGCCAUACAAUGUGAAAGACGAGCCACGGGUUUGCCAAGCGCCUGCCCAUAUCCGGGGAAUAGGCUCCUUCCAGGAUGGUGGACUCCAGUACAACUUUACUGGAGCCAUCGCUAGCCAACUGUGUCACCGAAUAUGGCCUUCACGUGGAGGUCCCGCCCGCCUUCUAUCAUUGGGGACUGGAAUCACAGAUAGUGCGUGCGAUAGAACACCGCAUUUUCGUCAUGUCUUUUCAGAUGGAUUCCUGCGACGAGGCUUUGAUGCGUGGAUGUCUUCCAUGGAUACAGAGCAGGAAUGGCACAGAAUGAGAAACCAGCUAAGCGAGGCUAGUCGGCCUGACUAUUUCCGAUUUAAUGUGCCGCUAGGGGGUAUUCCCAGUCCUAUCGAUGCAGUUGCAAUGAUUAAAAGCUAUCGAGAUCUGGUGCUUCUCCAGCCGGGGAGUGCCCGAAUUGCCCGAGAGGCAGCAUCCGCACUUCUAGCAUCCAGGUUCUACUUUGAAUUGACGGAUUUACCACCAAAAGAUGGCUUUCCCUUUUGGUGCCAUGGCGUCAUCCGUUGCAAGGGUCAAGCCAAGGAUGUGGUACAAGCGCUAAGCCAGCUCCACCCACAGGGACUAGACCUAGCAAUCGAAUCAAAGAAGGUGGGGCAUUUUGGAACGACGCGGGACAUUUGCUGCGAGUGCGGGUGCUUUGUUCAUCCGGUUAUUUUCCUAGUGCGUCAUUCUGAAGAGACUAUUGAUAUUCGGAUAAGGCCCUCCCCGCAUGAUGGUUGGAGAAUCAACGGCUUCCCAGCGAAUAUGGCGUCGUUUGAAAUGAAGCAGUCACCCUCAUCACCAUUUGGGCGGAGUGACCAUGGCUAUUUGAACAGAGCACCUUGCAUAAAUUGCAUUUCGCAUGAAAGUUCGCGCCGAACCCGAGGUACCCGGCGUAGGCGUGGAUCAGGAACGCUGGGCUCAAGGGAAGAACAAACAAAAAGAGUGUGUUUAUAG